CCAGUUUGUUCCCAGCACGGCCGGCUCAAGCUCCGCCCCCCGGACGCCGCCCGGCGCCGCCAGCGCGAGGAGAAACUGAGGCACUACAGGGAGGCCAUGGACGCCUUGCUGGGGGCCCCGCCCCCAGCCCAGGUUCUGGCUCUGACCGGGGCGGUGCUCUCGGCCAAUCCCGACGUGGGAACCUGCUGGAACCGGCGCCGCCGCGCACUGGGUGAACUGGGAGGGGACUGGGUGCAGUCGGAGCUCUCCUUCGUGGCGCAGUGCCUGGGGGUGAACCCCAAAUCCUACGGGGCGUGGCACCACCGGGGCUGGGUGCUGGGACACGGGAGAGCGCCCCCCGCUGGCCGGGAGGACCUGGCGCUGUGCGAGCGCCUCCUGGAGGCCGAUCCCAGGAACUUCCACGCCUGGGAGCACCGGCGCUCUCUGGUGGCCGGAGGUUCCCCCCAGGCCGAGCUGGAAUAUUCCGGGGCGCUGCUGAGCCGCGAUUUCUCCAAUUUCUCCGCUUGGCACCACCGCCUGCGCCUGCUGGCCCCGGCCAGGGACGGCGGGGAGGGGCACCCCGGGGUGCUGCCCCCCGAGAAGCUGCAGGCAGAGCUGGAGCUGGUGCAGAACGCUGUCUUCACCGACCCCACGGACCAGAGCGCCUGGGUCUACCUGCGCUGCAUCCUCUCCCGAGCUCCGCCCCCGCCCAGGAUCAUCUGUGUCUAUGUGGACCGGGAGGACGCGACGUUGGCCGUCAUCUUCUCCCGCCCUGUCAAGGUGAGUGUGGAGCACCCCAAAAAUCCACUGGGUCUCCCCCUCUUACACCUKGGUGCCCCUUGGGCAUCUGGGGCCCCCCAAAAAACCCUGGGGCCCCCCAAAUCCUUGGGGUUCCCAUUCGUACAGGUGGUCCUGUGUUCCCCGCCCCUUUUGUCAAACCCCGCCCCCAGGCCGGAGCUGGGCGUGGCCUCGGUGUCGGUGCUGCAGGAACAGGCGGAGCUGUGCCGGGAGCUGCUGGAGCUGGAGCCACGGAGCCGAGGUGAGACACAAAAAUAAUCCUAAAAAACCCCAAAUUCACCCCAAAAAAUAACUCCAAAUAUCCCUGAAAAAAUAACCCAAAAAAU